AUGAGCAGUUCAUCAUCAGCAGCAGCAAGGAGAGGUUGGGUGGUGGCAGCAAGUGUUGGAGUUGUGGAGGCCUUGAAAGACCAAGGGAUCUGCAGGUGGAAUUAUACUAUGAGAUUAAUGCAGCAGCAUGCAAAGAGCCAACUUGGGUAUUUUUCUCAGGCUAACAAGCUCUCUUCCUCAUCCUCUGCUCUGGUUUCAAGCAAGCUUAGAGAUGAGAAGGUGAAGCAGUCUGAAGAGUCUCUCAGGAAAGUCAUGUACCUCAGCUGCUGGGGACCCAAUUGA